UUGCGACAAGGCCAAGUUGCGCAGCAGUUUAUUUUUUCAUGCAGGAAUCAUCCCUGCUAUAAGCAGCGAUGAGGCACUGCACGCGACUACCGAGGAGAUGACAGCUUUCACCGAGUUUGAUGCCGGCCACCGGGACUUGGUUACAGUGACCAAGUUCAACUUCUAUGGUAAUCGCAUCCUAACUGCGUCUGCGGACCAUCGAAUAAAGGUAUGGGAUCAAAAGGACGAUGGCUGGGAGCUCGUAGAUACUUGGCGAGCACAUGAUGCGGAAAUUCGAGACGCAGCAUGGAACGGCCCUUUCACCGGCCAACAUAUAGGUACCGUGGCGGAGGAUAUGAAGUUUAAACUAUGGCAAGAAGAUGUUACGCAAUCUCGCAAUUCUGGACGACGUUUCCGGAAUAUCUUCCGUCUUACCUCGCCCAUUCGUACGCCCUACGUCUCGCUAGACUUUCGAAACAUUGAUCUGGAAUCCUGGCUCGCCUUAAUCACUCGUGACGGCCUUCUCACAGUUCUGGAGCCGAUUGGUGCAGAUAAUCUCUCAGAGUGGCAACAGCUCGACCAGUUUCGCGUUUGCUCAGAACCCUCACGCGGUGAUGAGACGAGCUUCAAAGUCCAGUUCCACCAUGAUCCUAUGGACAUGACUCAUAUGGUCAUGCCAUCUUGGGAUAGCAAAAGCUUGUCCCUAGUCGUCGCUGCGAUGAAUACCGUCAAGGUGUAUCGAAUGGCUUCAAAUAGGAAGUUUUAUCACGCCAUUGAGUUGACUGGCCACACAGGCUUAGUACGAGACAUUGCGUGGGCGAAUGGAUCUGUUCGCGGGUUUGAUAUAAUCGGUAGUGGAUCCAAGGAUGGCACCAUCAAAAUAUUUGAGAUAUACACGUCGGUCACAAACAGUGCGAACAGCAAUCAGACUGGGCCUGUAAAUGCUACGUCUCGAGCCUCAACCCAGUCUGGAAUUGGGACGGCACUUGCAAGCCAGACAACGGGGACGCUUGUGGACACAAGAAAGACCAGCGAGAGCCCGUUUAAGCAUACUUUUAGAGAAGUUGCCUCCAUUGAUAGCAAACAUCUCGAUGUCUGGCAAGUUAAAUUUUCUCACUCAGGUGAUUGUCUGCUUUCUUCCGGUGAUGACGGCUCUUUACGAUUCUGGAAACGAGCCACCUCUGGAGACUGGCUGGAGUUUGCAGAAACUUCAAUGGAGAAUAACUAG